AUGAGCAUCGAGAUCCCCGCGGGACUGACGGAGCUGCUGCAAGGCUUCACGGUGGAGGUGCUGAGGCACCAGCCCGCGGACCUGCUGGAGUUCGCGCUGCAGCACUUCACGCGCCUGCAGCAGGAGAACGAGCGCAAAGGCGCCGCGCGCUUCGGCCAUGAGGGCAGGACCUGGGGGGACGCGGGCGCCGCCGCCGGGGGCGGUACCCCCAGCAAGGGGGUCAACUUCGCGGAGGAGCCCAUGCACACCGACUCCGAGAACGGGGAGGAGGAGGAGGAGGAGGCCGCGGACACCGGGGCGUUCAACGCUCCGGUAAUAAACCGAUUCACAAGGCGCGCCUCAGUAUGUGCCGAAGCUUAUAAUCCUGAUGAAGAAGAAGAUGAUGCAGAGUCCAGGAUUAUACAUCCCAAAACUGAUGAUCAAAGGAAUCGAUUACAAGAGGCUUGCAAAGACAUUCUGCUAUUUAAGAACCUGGAUCCGGAGCAGAUGUCUCAAGUGUUAGAUGCCAUGUUUGAAAAAUUGGUCAAAGAAGGGGAGCAUGUAAUUGAUCAAGGCGAUGAUGGUGACAACUUCUACGUGAUCGAUCGAGGAACGUUUGAUAUUUAUGUGAAAUGCGAUGGUGUCGGAAGGUGUGUUGGUAACUACGACAAUCGUGGGAGUUUCGGUGAACUGGCCUUAAUGUACAAUACGCCCAGAGCAGCUACGAUCACUGCUACCUCUCCGGGUGCUCUGUGGGGUUUGGACAGGGUAACCUUCAGGAGAAUAAUUGUAAAAAAUAAUGCCAAAAAGAGAAAAAUGUAUGAAAGCUUUAUCGAGUCACUGCCAUUCCUUAAAUCUUUGGAAGUUUCUGAACGCCUGAAAGUGGUAGAUGUCAUAGGCACCAAAGUAUACAACGAUGGAGAACAAAUCAUUGCUCAGGGAGAUCUGGCAGAUUCUUUUUUCAUUGUAGAAUCUGGUGAAGUGAAAAUCACUAUGAAAAGGAAGGGCAAAUCCGAGGUGGAAGAGAAUGGCGCAGUAGAAAUUGCUCGGUGUUCCCGGGGACAGUACUUUGGAGAACUUGCUCUGGUCACUAACAAACCCCGAGCAGCUUCGGCGCACGCCAUCGGGACCGUCAAAUGUUUAGGUAGGAGUCACAGCACUGUACGUGCUCCUCUGGGUGGAAGCUGUUCAGUCUGCCUUUUAUGUAUUCGUGUUGCUGUACUCAUGGUCUUACUGGGUUCACACGUUUCACAGUCCCCACUAGAGAGAACAAGCCAUGGAUGUGCAAGCAUUUGAAAGGCUUUUGGGACCUUGCAUGGAAAUUAUGAAAAGGAACAUUGCCACUUACGAAGAACAAUUAGUUGCCCUGUUUGGAACUAACAUGGAUAUUGUUGAACCCACUGCAUGAAGCAAAAGUAUGGAACAAGACCUAUAGUGACAAAAUUACACAGUAGUGGUUAGUCCACUGAGAAUGUGUUUGUGUAGAUGCCAAGCAUUUUCUGUGAUUUCAGGUUUUUUCCUUUUUUUACAUUUACAACGUAUCAGUAAGCAGAGUAGUGAUUUAAUACUCUAUAGGCUUUAACAUCACUUUCUAAAGAAUAGAUCAAAACAAUAUUGACAUACUGAUGAAAUGACUUUGUACUCCACAAAAUUAUGAUCUCAGUGAGAGGUUUAUUCAAAUGAUUGUAAUAUAUUGAAAGUAUCUGUGUGCAAGAAGAUAAUUGAAGGGUGUUACCAUGGGCAACAUGUGUUCAUGUGGACUCCCUCGGAUUGCUGUGUUAGUGACUCUGCCCAUGUAAAAGGGAACUUGGCAGUGAACCAUGCUCUACAGCAUGGCAUCACAUUCUUUUUACAACUCGCUAUAUAUAUAGUCAGUACAAUUUUAAUCAUUUUUGUUUUCAAGUUUUUCUGGCUUGAUAAGUUAUGUGCUGGCCUUGGACUAUGGCAUAAAACAUCAUAUGCAAUUUUAAAACCUUUUAUAUUUUUGCAAUAAAGUAUGUUUUGACUUCUUUGGCCUAACGUCAGUAACCUACAUGUUCCAGUGGUUUUAAGGACGGGCAAUGUAGUCAUUAUGAUAAUAGGGAAGAGUCUUUUUUAGAGGAGAGAUCAUUAACACAGUUUCCUCAUAAAACAUAUAUCUACUUCCUUUUUUCAUUGUAUAGUUCUCUGUACUCUUAAAAAAUUUGAGUUCGACAUUUAAUGUCACAGUUUUUUUUAAUGCUAUUUAAACUUGUCUUAUAGAAGCUGAAGAUACUACAUAUGCUAAGGGGGGGGAAAAAACUGUCCUAUACCAAAAAUAUUUUGGAGUCCUUAUCUACACGCCCACAGGAUAUUUCUUGGUUCUUCACUAGGCAUACAUAACACAGUCCUCUGCAGACAUCUGUUCCCUUGGGUUUCCUUUAUGGUGGUAGAAAUAAAUUUUUAUAAACCAUACAUAAAGAUAAAAGGAAUUUCUGCCCAGUCCAGAUGUACCAUUAGACCUUGCCAUUUGCAUGAACAUAGACUCAAAUGUGCAGGAUGAACUCAGUUGUAUAAAUUUUCAUUGAUAAUUGAUAUACUUAUUAUUCUGCUAUAUAAGAUGAAUUAAAUUCCACUCAACCAAAGCAGUAUUAUUCUUAACGUGAUUUCUAGGCCCACGUGACCACAGUGUUUGGAGAGGUUAAUUCUAACCAGUUGUUCACUUUUAAAUGAGCAAUUUCAUUUUGGGGAAACAGGUUUUAAAAAAACAUAUACCUGGGUAAAAAUAUUCUGUGGCUGUUAUAGUGUGGUGUUAUUAGAGAAUGUUUAUGGUCUGAGUAUAAUGAAAAUAUGGCUAAAAUAGGUUCAUCGGGUCAUGUAUAUGUAAACAAUAUGUAAAGUAUAACUUCAACCCCAUUUUAGAACACUGUUUAAUGAUUUUACAAACCUUCAUGUAGGAAGAGAGCUUACUACAUGAGGAUGACUUCUUUUCUACUUCAGAUUUUAUUUUAAAAGUCAUGUCUGUUAGACAAGAAAAAAAAAAACGCAAAGAACCCACCCAAAUUCCUGGUUCAUCAUUCUGUAUUCUUUAUCCACUUUUUCAAGAUACCUUGUUGCAUAAGCUGAUUGUUAACUGUUCAUGGAAUAGCAAACAAAUGCCUGUUUAAUAGAGAAUUCUGACCAAGGCUGUAAAUGCCAGUUACAUUAUUUUCAGUAUUGUUGGUUAUAUUUAAAUUUACCUUAUAAUAAAGCACACUUUUAUAAUAAAAUGUUUUUAAUGAA